AUGCCGCCAAAACCAAGAGGACGGGGAAGCACCCGCGCUCGCGGAAGUGGAAGAGGGGGAGUCGCAGCAGGACGAGCUACCACUGACACGAGUGAAUCCACGGAUGCGAUCCCACAAAGCACAGCUCCCGCUGACGCCUCGGAAGCUCCCACUGAGCCCGUAGUACCAAAGCAAGAAGAUGGCGAUGCGAAGCCAGUCAUUAUUGGUCAAGGCCCAUUGGCGACUGCAGAGCCACAGGCUUCCGAGGCGCCUUCAGCGACUGUAUCUGCUGUCGCAUCACCUCAGCCUGACGCAGAACCAACAGCUCGCGCUCCAGUACAAAGGCUCGGAAGUCUUCAAGGCUCUGUACCUCCUUCACGAUCAGCAUCACCGUCUGUACGCGGCCGCGGCGGUACAACUCGAGGCAAGAGGGGCGUCAAGACCCCCGCCUUCACAGGAAGAAGGAGCAAAGAAGAGCGAGACGCUAUUGCAAAAGAAUUGGCAGCUCGCGACCGAGAAAGGACAAAAGAGCAGGUUGCUGCGGACAAGAGAAGGGAAGCGGAGGCGGCAAAGGCAGCAAGGCGAGAGGCCAGCAAGCUGAAAAAUGCCAGAGGUGGUUUCAGUGGAGUCGCGAGUGGACCCUUCUCCUUAGGUAGCUCUAAAGAAGACAGGAAGAACAGCUCAAAUCGCGGUUUCUCUGGCUUCGGAUCUGGAUCUGGCUCUCGAGCAGAGCGCGUCAAGAACGAGGACGGCAGUUACGGAGGGUCUGGUUCCCGGUCAGGCGGAGGUGGAGGUGGAGGAAGCGGAGGAGGGUCAUCGAUCAAGAGAGAAGAUGGUGGGCUUGUGUCAUCUGAUGACGAAGACCUGGCCGACAUACCGCGUAGGGAUAUCGAUCUGAUCGAAAUCUCCUCAGACGAAGACGAGACUAAAGCGAAAAGUGCGCCUUCACAACGCGGGCCGCGAACAGCUUUACCCGUUCGCAUUGGCAGAAAAGAACACCAGGAGCGGACUAUCGGUAUCAACACAGAGGCAAGCUCGGAAACUUCAGCAAAAAUACUGGAACAAGCGGAAUCGAGCGGCCAGUCACCAAAAAAUGUUGCGUCUGAGCAAACAAGCCGGAAACCAAAGAACAAGUCAAAGGAUGUAGAAAUCACGGGUUCGCGGAAACAGUUCAAGGGCGUAUGGCAUGACUCAGAAGACUCGGAUGUUGUUGUCAAAACCGAGCCUACGAGCGAAGACGAGAACAUGGUCGAUGCUGAGCAGGUAGGCCUGUCCGAUGCUCCUGCUCAGUCCUCAGAAAAACAAGAACCGUCGUCACCAAAUGCCGAGCGGAAGCCAAAACUUAAGAAGAAGAGUAUAGCAGAACCAGUGCUCCAGACUGACGAAGAUCGCGCCGAAUGGGCACGUUUUCAAUCGAACCUACGCCAUAUCCGAGCCGAGUUGGGUCCAGAGGAGAUACCACAAGUCGAUGGAUCCGGCGACAUACCGAUGACAGACGCAGCUAACACAGAGAAGAAGCCUACAGUGCGAGACAACAACGUCUAUCUGUUCCAAAUACCGCCCCUUAUGCCAGCAGUAGAGCCACCAUCCAUCAAGAAAGAAGCACCAGAUCCUCAGUCUGCAUCCCUACCUACGCAGCCAUCAGCUAAAACGGAUCCAAAGAUCAAAGUCGAGGAAGGCAGCUUUUCCGAUCCCUCUGCUAGGCCCAAAGAAGGUGUUCGAUUUGGGAGUGGAUUGGUUGGAAAGUUGCGGGUACACGAAUCUGGCCGCACAACGCUGGACUGGGGCGGCACGAGCUACGAACUCACGCCUGGCAACAAGGCCAGUUUCCUACAGGAAGUUGCUAGCCUUAAUAUGCGCCCCGAGAAUGAGAGAGCUGCGCCGGAGGACGCAGGUGAAGCAAUCAGUCUUGGUAGAGUGAAGGGCAAAUUCGUCGUGGUGCCAAACUGGGGCGAGAUGCUCGGCUGA